AAUUUUUUUCAAGUGCAAAUUCUAACAGCAACAACAACAAAUACGCAAAAGGACUUGCAAAAAAUCGAGAGUGUGCGGUAAAGUACCGCUAGAGUGUUACGCGUGGAAUACUAACGACAACAACAACAGCAGCAGACGAAGAAGUAGAAGGAGGCGAAGUAGAAGCAACAACAAUAACAGUUGUUGCAGCAGCUGCGGCGGUUGGUUUAUUUUCUUCCUUCUGUUCGUAUAUUGGAUAUUUCAUUGCUCUGACGAGCAGAGAAGAAGAAGAAGAAAUAGAAGAAGUUGUCGAAGAAGUAGAAGAAGCAGCAGCAGCCAAACGUCGCGCGGAAACCAUUUUGCAAGUGCAGCGGCAGCGACAGCGACAGAGGCGUCGACGUCCACAAAACCACAAUUGCCAAAGGAAGCAACAAAUGCCAAUAUCGAAAGUAGCAGCGAGGUAAACACAUUGUGGCAACACGCGGUUGCUGUUGUUCGCGGCUUUGUCAGUGUUGUUGUUGCAAGUGCCACAUAAAAUAUGUGAAGGCCAUAAACAAAGCGUGAGCGAGCGACCGAGCGAGUGUCCGUGUGCGUGUGCAUCUGAGUCUGCGUGUGCGAGUGAAAGAGACAGCGUGCAUUGCAGGUAAAUGAAUAUUUGCAUUCAAUUAAAAGCCCAAUCGGCGGCUGCGAUGCCAGUGCCCCGCCACCGCCGCCCAAGGGCCAACGUUUUGAGCAACCCUCGCCCCCUGGCCAGCCGUGUAGCCGUGCAGCAGUUCGGGGGCGCGCUCUAAACGAAGAGCGAGAAAGCGAACUCUAUUAGCCGCAUAGCCGAAACAACAACAACAUCAAGGAAAUUCUUUGCUAAAUGAACUGCAAACGUGGCCAAUAAUAAUUACGGUAAUCAUAAAAUCGCACUCAAGUGAAAUUAUCAUAAAUUACGUAAACAAAAUAUAUAACGAACAGACAUAAAAAAGUGUAACGAACGAACUACGAUUCAAGUACUCCACUCUUGACGUACUCGAUACCAAAAUGACUAUGAAAUCGAUGAAGUACUCCGAUUGUGAUACAAUUAUGGAUGGCUAUAAUCCAGUGCCGCCUCCAUUGCCGCGACGCGUGCCACCGGUGCGUAAUAUUUAUGCCGAGCCCUUUGCGCAUGAGCCGAACCAUUCGAGCAGAUUGGGCGGCCACCCACAACAGAUGCCACAAAGUAUGUCAACUGGCAGCAACACAAUCGGCCAUGGCGGCAUCGAUCGCGGCGGCGUCGGCGUCGGCAUGCCAAUGGGCGCCGGCACCAUGCCGGUGGGCGUUGGCGGUCAGGUGGGCGGGCCGCAGGUAUCGGUCGGACCGCCAGGCAGCGGAGUUGCCGGACCGCAUUGCCAGAUAAGCGGCUCCCAGCCGCUGGUCAUGCCUGGAUUCCCGUUGCGCAAUUCGCACUCAGCGCAUGCACCACACUAUUCGCCAUAUUCACCAUCCAGGUUUCACAUAGAUAAACGCUGUCAACACCGAUGUUCCUGGAAAUGCUUGAGCAUCGCCUUAAUAUUCAUAUCCGUCGUCCUAACCGCCAUGUUGGCAUACUUUGCAGCAGUCAGUUCGAUGAAACCGAACAUGGACAGCUCGAAUUGUAUCCUAGUCCAAGAUGUCAAAUCGCAGCCGCACGAUCUGCGCGGCGGCGCUGGCGGCAAAGGUGGCGACAACAAGGGGCAAGCAGGUGGCAGCAGUGCCACCGCCUAUCCUACAGAGGAAUCGAUACAGACCAGCACCUCGGAUCAUGCAGGCAACAAUGGUGGGGCAGCGGCAGCAGCUGGCGGCGCCACUGGCAUACAGCAGCAACUGUUGCUGCAGCAGCAGCAGCCACAUGCCAUCAAUCAGCCGCUGACGCCGUUGGACGCGACCAAUACCCAGCUGCAGGAUCAACUGACCUAUGGCGGUGCAGCCGGCGGCUUGGGCCAGCAGCAACAUAAUCUGCUGCUGCAGCAGGCGGGUCAUCAUCAUCCGGCGUUGCAGCAGCAGCAGGGCGUCGGGCUGAGCGGCGGCCAGUGGCCACAGGUGGUUGAGCUGAAGGACUUCAAUGAGCUAUACCAUGCCAAUAUACCGGCCUAUCAGUUCUGGACACUCGAGUUUCGCAACAAGCAUCCGGCCUUCAUUCGGUUCAACUUCACGCUGCCAUGGGGCGCUCAUUUCGCAGUCUAUUCGCGCCGCAAUGUGGCUCCGUCGGUGACGCAGCAUGAUUUUGUGGAGUUCAUCAAGGGCGGACGACUCGAUAGCCAUUUGCGACAUCGUCGUGGCGCCAGCAACAUGACCCACAAUGCCAAGGAUCUGGGACUGAUUGGUGUUUACGAAAAGGAAAUGCAAAUCGAAAUGGAAAAGGAAAAGGAAAAGGAAAAUGAAAAGCAACAACAGCAAUUGCAACUGCGACGUCGUCGACGCAGCAGCAGCUCCGAUGAGGAUUUCGAACUGGAUCAGGAUCAUGUCGAGGAUGAGUUAAACGAUAGCAGCGAUGAGUCACCAGCUGGCCUAGACUCUGGCGAAUACUUCGAAGGCGGCACGCUUCAGGACAUUGCCGAGCAGCAAAGGCGACGAGAUAAGAUGGGCUCAGUGGCACAUGCGCUGCACAAACGGUCCGCCGCCGAUGGUGGUGCUGGUGGCUUGCCCGCUCUCGAUAUGGACGCCAUGACUGUGAAUGUAUCGUUGCUGCAAUAUCUGGACACUGGCCUGUGGUUCAUAUCCGUUUACAAUGAUGAACUGGUCGCCCAUUCCGUUUCGCUGCUCGCCGAGGAGGCCGAAGGCGUCAGCACCACCUGCCCCAACGAUUGUUCGGGCCGUGGCAGCUGCUAUCUGGGCAAGUGCGAUUGCAUCGAUGGCUAUCAAGGCGUGGACUGUUCCAAAAGCGUUUGUCCAGUACUCUGCUCGGCACAUGGGCACUAUGGCGGCGGCGUCUGCCAUUGCGAGGACGGCUGGAAGGGUGCCGAGUGCGACAUACCCGUGGGCGAGUGCGAGGUGCCCAAUUGCUCCAGCCACGGCCGCUGCAUCGAGGGCGAGUGCCACUGCGAGCGCGGCUGGAAGGGACCCUACUGCGAUCAACAUGAUUGCCUCGAUCCAUUGUGCUCCGGCCAUGGCACCUGCGUGGCCGGGCAAUGCUAUUGCAAGGCCGGCUGGCAGGGCGAGGACUGCGGCACCAUUGAUCAGCAGGUGUAUCAAUGCCUGCCCGGCUGCUCCGAGCACGGCACCUACGACCUGGAGACGGGACAAUGCGUCUGCGAGCGCCACUGGACGGGACCAGAUUGUUCGCAAGCUGUUUGCAGCUUGGACUGCGGCCGCAAUGGCGUUUGCGAGUCGGGCAAAUGUCGCUGUAACAUCGGCUGGACGGGCAAUCUAUGCGAUCAGCUGCCCUGCGAUGCCCGCUGCUCGGAGCAUGGACAAUGCAAGAACGGCACCUGCGUCUGCUCCCAGGGCUGGAACGGAAGACACUGCACGCUGCCUGGUUGCGAGAACGGCUGCUCACGUCAUGGUCAGUGCACUCUGGAGAAUGGUGAAUAUCGCUGCGAUUGUAUUGAAGGCUGGGCUGGCAGCGACUGCUCCAUAGCCUUGGAAAUGAACUGUAAGGACAACAUUGACAACGAUGGCGAUGGCAUGACGGACUGCUCAGAUAGCGAAUGCUGCUCGCAUCCAGCCUGCUCCGAGCACAUUAUGUGUCUCUCGUCCAAUGAUCCCGUCGAAGUGCUGCUGCGCAAGCAGCCGCCCUCGGUGACGGCGUCGUUCUAUCAGCGCGUCAAGUUUCUGAUCGAGGAGAAUUCGGUUCAGUCAUAUGCCCAUAUGGAUGAGUACAGCGAGAAUCGCGUUUCUGUGAUGCGCGGCCAGGUGAUAACGCCCCAGGGCCUGGGCAUUGUGGGCAUUCGCGUUUCCGUGGAUCGUGACUCACGCUUCGGCUUCACACUGACACGCCAAGGUGGCUGGUUUGACGUUUUGGUUAAUGGCGGCGGCGCUGUCACCUUACAAUUCCAGCGUUCGCCCUUCCGCCCACUGACACGCACCGUUUUCGUGCCCUGGAAUCGCAUUGUGGUGCUGCCACCAGUCCAAAUGCAGCUGAGCGACGACGACGAAACCACGAGUCGCAAUAUCAAGGUGGCUCCAUUGAAUCCGGCGCUAACGUUCCUCAACUCGAUACACUAUCAUACGGCGGACGAGGCGAACGAUGCCAGCAAAGUGUGCAUGGAUCACGAUCACGAGAAGCUCAAGCCGCAGCUGAUUAGCACUUGGAUGCCAAAUGGCGUGGGCGCCAUGCCCGGCAAGCGUGUCAUCUUUGCCGAGACCCAGAUUGUCCAAGAGUCCAUUCAAAUACCCGGCUCGGAUCUGCACCUCACAUAUCAAUCGUCGCAAGCCUCUGGCUAUUUGAGCAUCGUGCGCAUGCGCCUGACCUCGGAGGUAAUACCCAAGACCCUCACCCACGUGCAUGUGGGCGUGGAGAUCGAGGGCGCACUGCAUGUGAAGACCUACGAAGCCGACCCGAACUUGAUACACACGUUCGCCUGGAACAAGCGCAACGUCUACAGGCAGAAGGUCUAUGGCGUGACCAUUGCUCGCAUCUCCGUCGGCUAUCAGCACAGCACUUGCCAGACUCCGGUUUGGAUAACGCAAACGGCCAAGCUGCAGGGCUACGACGUGGACAUCUCUGACAUUGGCGGCUGGGGCCUGGAUAUACAUCAUCAUUAUAACUUCCACGAGGGCAUACUGCAGAAGGGCGACGGCUCCACGCUGCACAUGAAGGAAUAUCCUCGCACAGUCAAGGUCGUUAUGGGCACGGGCCUGCAGCGUCCACUCAAUUGUCCGGACUAUUGCAACGGCGUGGCCAAGGAUGCCAAAUUGCUGACACCCAUUGCCCUGGCCACCGGACCCGAUGGCAGUCUCUAUGUGGGCGACUUCAAUCUGGUGCGCCGCAUCACGCCCGACGGCAAAGUCUUUACCAUACUCCAGCUGAGCGCUACGCAGGUCUCGUAUCAGUACUAUUUGGCCGUCUCUCCGGCUGAUGGACAUUUGUAUAUUUCGGAUCCGGAACGGCAUCAAAUACUGCGGCUUCUACGACUCGAGAAGGUCAAGGAUCCCAGCAUUAACAGCGAGCCCGUUGUGGGCAGCGGUCAGCGCUGCAUUCCCGGCGAUGAGGGCAACUGCGGCGACGGCGGUCCGGCCUUGCAGGCGCGUCUCUCCCAUCCCAAGGGCCUGGCCAUUGCCGCCGAUCGCACCAUGUACAUUGCCGAUGGCACCAACAUACGCGCCGUGGACCCCAAGGGCGUCAUUCAUACGCUCAUUGGCCACCACGGGCAUCACAAUCAUUGGAGUCCGGCGCCCUGCUCGGGCACCCUGAUGGCCAAUCAGGCGCAGCUGCAGUGGCCCACAGGUCUGGCACUCAGUCCACUCGACGGUUCGCUGCAUUUCAUCGACGAUCGCCUCGUCCUGCGUCUCACGUCCGACAUGAAGAUACGCGUCGUGGCUGGCACUCCGUUGCACUGCAGCAACAAUAACCAGGACAAUCGCGUCAACAAGACGGCCACGGAUAAUGUGCUCGGCACAGUGCUGGCCAUGGCCUUCUCGCCCUUUGGCGAUCUCUACAUAGCGGACAGCGAUUCGAGGCGCAUCAACUCGAUACGCGUCGUCGAUACAGCUGGCAAUAUGCGUUACUUUGCUGGCAAGCAGGAGGGCACCGGCACUCAGACCUGCGACUGUGCAAUUGGAAAUGGCAGCAAUGGCUCCGCGGCCACCGGACUGGGCGUGGCCAAUGGAGGCGCGUACUCAACGACCGUGAAUCCGACACGCAAUAAUGGCGGCACGACGCCAACGACACCAGCUGGCGGAAACGGAAAUAAUGGCAGCUCAGCCGCUGGCAGAGCCGGCAGCAGCGGCAGCGGCGCGGGCGUCUUGAACAGCAGCGGCGCUUGCGUCUGCCCCGGCGGCAGCAUCUCCGGCAGCAACUCGGGCACACUUGCCGGCAUUGUGGCCGGCGGCAGCCUAAUGUCCACCGGCCCAACCACAACCACAACUGUGCUGCUGGGCGCCAAGACAACAGCUGGCGGCGCCGGCUCCAAUCUGGGCCUGGGCGCCACCCUCAACGACGACGGCACCCUCAGCAACGCCGAGACGCUGCUAUCCUCCAAUGCCCGCUUCCAGGCCAUCUCGGCCAUAGCGGUUGCCCAGGACGGUGUCAUCAAUGUGGCCGAUCAAGGCUCUCUCCAUGUACUCGCCUUGGAGCACUAUUUGCCCUCGCACGAUGAGAACGGCGAGUUCCAUAUACCAUUCCCGCCGUCGAGCGAGAUCUAUGUGUUCAAUCGUUACGGUCAGCAUGUGGCCACCAAGGAUCUGACAUCGGGCAAGACACGCUACAGUUUCCUCUACUCGAAGAACACGAGCUUUGGCCGACUAUCGACCGUCACGGACGCCUCGGGCAACAAGAUACAGUUCUUGCGUGACUAUAGCAAUGUGGUUAGCUCCAUUGAGAAUACACAGGAUCACAAGUCGGAGAUACAGAUCAAUGGCAUCGGCAUCAUGACCAAGCUGAGCGAGAAGGGACGUCAGGAGAUCGAGCUGGACUAUGAUAGCAAUACGGGUCUACUCAACUCACGCUCCUCGGGCGGUGAGACGUACAUCUACCAGUACGAUGAAUUUGGCCGUGUCACGGGCAUGAUACUGCCCAGUGGCGAGAUCGUGCGCAUCACCUCUCAGCUGGCGGACAACAAGGGACUGACAAUUUAUGUGCACGCCUCCGUCGAAUCGCUGUUCUCCAGGGAGCGCAUGUCCGGCGCAGGCGGCUCUGGCGAGAGCAAUGCCAACGAGCUGCUCGUGUUGGGUGGCGUUCGUUCCACGUUCCUGAAGCGCGGACGCGCCCACGCCGAUGCCGAACUGAAGGCCAACAAUACGCUGGUUAUACAUGGCGCCAAUGGAGUUGUCGUGGAGGCUUCGGCCGUGGCGCGACAUCCCCUGCUAGAGGCUGCGCUGCCAGUUGAGGCGGAAAUGUUGGCCAUGUGGUCGCAUCAGAGCGUCACCAUGGGCGAUGGUCUAACCAAUUCCAUGUACUCCGUUUACAAUCUGGUCGGCGAUGUGCGCAAUCCGCAGCAGACGCUGAAUCGCGAGAUUUGGGUGAAUCAGUCGCGUGUUAUUGGCGUCGAGUUCGAUCAGUUCACCAAUCGAGAGACGUUCUACGAUGCGAAUCGCACGCCCAUAUUGAUUGUGGCCUAUGAUCAGUCCGGUUUGCCGAAAUCUUAUUAUCCGACGAACGGAUAUCCUGUGAAUAUCACCUACGAUCGCUUCAAUCGUGUCGAGGGCUGGGCCUGGGGUCCGGCAGAGCUCAAGUACAGCUACGACCGCCAUGGCUUGCUCUCGGAGAUCACCUCACAGCAGGACGGCAUCAUCAGCUUCGUGUACAACGACUGGAACCUUGUCUCCGAGAUCGGCUUGGCCAGCCAGCGAAAGUUUGUGCUGCAGUACGACGAUGCUGGCGGCUUGCGGCAUGUCGUCCUGCCGUCGGGCACACGUCACAGCUUCAGCAUGCAGACAUCCAUUGGCUUCAUACGUUGCACCUAUACGCCGCCAGGCAGCACGCGCGCCUAUCUGCAGCACUACAGCCAUGCGGGCGCCUUGCUUCAGACCAUAUUGCCCGGCGAUGGAGCGCGAAUUGUCUAUCGCUACAAUGCCGCCGGUCAGCUGACGGAGGUGGUGCACGGCGACGGGCGCAGCGAGUUCCAGUACAAUGAUGCCACUGGCAUGCCCAGCACCGUGUCGCAUGCAGAACGCGAGCUGGAGUACCGCUGGGACUUUGAGUAUGCGGCCGGACUAUUGACCGAGGAGCGCAUCGACUAUGUGGCCAAGACGGGGCUGAGCAAUGCCAAGUUCAGCUAUGAAUAUGACAGCCAGCUGCGCGUGGUGGCGCUUCAGGGACGCAUUGGCGGCCAGAGCUUGCCGAGCCAGGCGUACGCCUACGACAGACGCACCGGACAGCCCAGCCUGAUUGGCCAGUUCAAGUUCACGCGUCCAGCUUUGAAUCAGACCCAACUGCACGAUGGCACCGCCGGCUUUACGCGCACCGUCGACGGCCGCUUCCAGACGCAGUGCAUGGCCCUCUCCAUACACCGCCUGGAGGUAUUCCGCAUGGAGUUCACCUAUGGCGUGCACGGACGCAUUUCCCAGACACGCACCUACACCCGCAACAUGGCAGUCAACAGCUACACGAAUGUGAAGAACUAUACGUGGGACUGCGAUGGGCAGCUGGUGGGCGUCGAGGCGCAGGAGCCCUGGGGCUUCCGCUAUGACGACAAUGGUAAUCUGUUAUCCUUGACAUAUCGCGGCAACACCAUACCCAUGGAGUACAAUGCCCAGGAUCGUAUUGUCAAGUUCGGCGAGGGCCAGUACAAGUACGAUGCCAGAGGCUUGGUCGCACAGAAUGCGAGGGAGGAGCGCUUCCACUACAAUACCCAGGGGCUGUUGGUGCGCGCCUCGAAGCGUGGACGCUUCGAUGUCAGAUACUACUAUGACCAUCUGAAGCGCCUGACUACCCGCAAGGAUAACUUUGGCAAUGUCACCCAGUUCUUCUAUACGAAUCAGCAGCGUCCCUAUGAGGUCUCGCAGAUCUAUUCGCCGCGCGAUGGCAAGCUAAUGUCGCUGACCUACGACGAUGUGGGCCAUUUGAUCUAUGCGCAGGUUUACAGGCACAAGUACUAUGUGGCCACGGACCAGAGCGGCACGCCGCUGAUGCUGUUCAAUCAGUACGGCGAGGGCAUUAGGGAGAUAAUGCGUUCGCCCUUCGGUCACAUCGUCUACGACUCCAAUCCGUAUUUGUAUUUGCCCAUCGAUUUCUGUGGCGGCAUUUUGGACCAGGUGACAACGCUGGUGCACAUGGGCGAUGGACGGGUCUAUGAUCCAUUGAUUGGCCAGUGGAUGUCACCCGAUUGGCAGCGAGUCGCUGAACGCAUCAUUACGCCCACUCGCCUCCACUUGUAUCGCUUCAAUGGCAACGAUCCAAUCAAUGUGGGCCAGGAGCGUCAUUAUCCCGCCGACUUUGCCAGCUGGCUGCGUACUCUUGGCUACAACGUUGGCAACCUAAUGCCGCAGCUGGCCAAGGACUUGUGGCAGCCGCCAGCGCUGUGGGGUCGCCCGCCAACCAAUCCAAUUGCCCUAAACAUGCGCCGUCCCUUCGACAAUAUACCCACCAUGGCCGUCGAGAGCGGCUUCCUGGCACAUCUCAACGUUCGCCGCAUGUCCGACUUUGAGCAGCUGUCGGCGCCACCGCGUUCCGCCCUGAAGUGCGAUGUUAUGGAUCCGUCGCCGAGGAUCAUCGGCUCCGAUACGGAACCGCCGUUUGGCAAGGGUAUUGUCGUUUCGCGCACCGCUGACGGCCAGGCGAUCGUGUCCAGUGUGCCGGCAGCGAACGCCAUCUAUCGGGAUGUCUAUACGAGCGUGUUCAAUCGCUCCAAGCUGCUGCCGUUCACCUUUGUGGUGCACAAUGCACAACAGGACUCGUUCUUCUUUGUCAAGGAGGAUGCGUGGCGCGCCAGCGAGGACCGGCAGCAGCUGAAGCGUCUGCAGGGUCAGGUCAACACCACCUUCCAUGAGAUCACACGCGAGUCGACGCCAGCCGGCUCAGCUGGGGCAGCAGCCGGUGGUGCCGCUGCUGGCAGCUCAUCGGGCGGCAAUUACUUGGAUGUUAAGAUCCAUGGCGCGCAUGCGAUUAUCAAUUUGAGAUACGGCACCACCGUGGCCAAGGAGCAGCAGCGUCUGAUGCAUCACGCCAAGUUGACGGCGGUGCGCAAGGCUUGGCAUCGCGAGAAGGAGGCACUACGCAGCGGCCUCACCACAGCACUCGAGUGGACACAGCAGGAGAGCGACGAGAUCCUCAAGCAGAGCUAUGCCAACAACUAUGAGGGUGAGUAUAUACACGAUGUCGCUCUCUAUCCGGAGCUCGCCGAGGAUCCCUACAACAUCAAGUUCGUGAAGAAGAAGGGCGCUACUGGCGGCGCGGCCGGCGUCUCCAAUACCCAGCGGCGAAGGCGAAGUCUUAACUGGUCCACGGACGAGCACGAUGCGACGGCGGAUGCAGAGCCGCCUGUCGCGUGUUAGCUCCUGGAAACCCCCCAAAAACGAAACAACACAAGGAAAGCCCACUAAAUAUAAUUAAAUAUUUAUAACUAUCAUAAAUACGAGUAUUAUAGCCACGGGGUUAGCAAAGGAACGGAUACAGAGACCGAGACAGAGGUAAAGCAGAGUUAAAGCAAACGAAAGUGGAGCAUGGAGAGAAGGCGCAACUGUACUAAAUACUAAAUAAUAGGCCUACAGAAUUAAAUAUAUACAAAUAUAUAUGUUACUCAAUUCAUUUUUUUUAAGUCCAAGCUAAAAACAAUUUUUUUUAUUAUUAUUAAUCGUUAGAGACUAGAAAUGCGACAGA